ACUAAUUUCCCUUUUUUCUGCAGACGAGCUUCUCCAGGAGCAGAAAGCCGACAUGGACCAGUUCCUGUCGUCCAUCUCUGAGUGGCAGCCAGAUGUCACCGUGUCGUCGGAGGAGGAGGAGGAGAACGUGGAGGUCCCCGUGUCCGAGGGGAAACCCUACCGGCCCGUCCAGGUCAAAUCCCUGGGCUCCCGUCCAGAACCAGAAGGCGAUCUAUCAGACUCCCCGCGUGCCUUCAAGAAAGGCUCCGCCAUGUCUGGUUUAGAUGGUCUGAUAGGUGCUGAGGAGAGAAUCAUCAACAGCAAACCCAAGAUCAGCAACAAUGUGGUGAUUGAUGAGUCUCUGGAUGUUAAGGAAGUGAUUUACAGCGCAGAGAGAGUCAGAGUUAUGCAUGAUGAUGAGCUGGAGACCUACCGCCCCCUGGGAGAGGACUUCAGCUUCGGCAGCACGGCGCUGAUCGGCCUGCUGGUGAUCGCGGUGGCCAUAGCAACCGUGAUUGUAAUCAGUCUGGUGCUUUUGAGGAAGAGGCAAUACGGCACCAUCAGUCACGGCAUUGUGGAGGUUGACCCCAUGCUGACACCAGAGGAACGCCACCUCAGCAAGAUGCAGAACCACGGCUAUGAGAACCCCACCUACAAAUACCUGGAGCAGAUGCAGAUCUAACAAGAGCCUACAGGGGGCGCUGUGGAGUCACAGAGGGGGAACAUACUACUGACCAAUAACAUAUGCUAUUGUUAAAAUCAUUUGCGUACAUCCAAACUCCAUUUACUGGUUUGUUCGAAACAAUCCUUAAAUAUUGCUACUACUGCUACUAUUGUACUAUAGAGCUCUUUUUGAUCAUAUUUCUUUUCAAAAGGUGAUGUAUCUGCCAUUUUUGCAUUACGGAAAAUGUAAUUCUGCAGAUUUCUCUGUAAUUAUCAAUACAACUCUCUUCAGAUCAAGAUGUAUAGCAAUUCUUCAGACGUUUUAUUUCUUUAUUUUUUUUUUAAGUAAAAGGCAAAUCAAACAACAUUUAAAUGUAUUUGAGUGGCCAUCAUCGAACCGGCAUACCAGACACUACAGUACUAAUUUUCAUCAUGCAGGUGUCCUUCAUGCUGUUUCUGAUGGUUUCUCUCAAAAAAGAAUUGGUGUUUUUAUUUUGUUUCUUUUUUCCUCUCAAUAGAUUGCCUGUAUAUGAAGGUUCUUUGUACCGAUUAAAAUGUAUAGUGAAACAACAAAUGAGAAAAAAAAUGAAAUCAUGAAUUAUUUACUUUCCGUUCUUUGUUAUGAUAACAGACAAAAUAUACAUAUACAGUUUAAAUAUAUAUAUAUAUAAGAAUAGAUGUUUUUAAUUCACCUUUUGUUUUCCCAGGGAAGAGUCAGUUUGGGGUUCUUAGCUUAGCGGUCAUGAGUCGUGUUUGCAGGCACACUGUGAGAAAGAGUCGGGGAGGUGUGCACAGACCCCCAGCUCAAACACAUCACACAAAACCUACUCUAAACCCUUACUAAGUGAAUGUGAUAACAUUCCCCCCCCUACAAACACACAAACACAACCAUUUAUCAAUAGGGAAACAGCAAACAUUGGUAGAUUAAAUAUUGACAUGUGUUACAUAGUUGAAUGUAUCCUGGAAGCUUUUUUUUCCAUACUAUGUGGCUUUGAUUUAGUGACAGCGGGCGAUGACAUUUGUUUGUUUUUGUUUUUUGCACAAAUUAUCUGUAGCAAAAACCAAGCACCAGAAAAAUGACUUAAAAAACUAAUUUAGGUAUGAUGUACACACACAUUUUGGAGCAGCUGUUGGCUUUGCUGGUCAUAAAGCGUAACAGUCUGAUAGAUCAACACAGGGCCGGUGUAGGGGCACUAACAAUACAAGGAGCACCAUAGAGAGGGCCCAUCUGCCACCAGGGGGCCCCCAAUGAGAGAGAAUGUAGCUUAUACAAAGUUUUCUGACCCUGAAUAUACAAAUUUGGGGAUUGUUAGAAAAUCAUUCUGGUGGAUAGUUUAUUUAAUAUGUUGGGGACUUAAACAAUCUAGAUGUUCAGAUGUGUGGGUAUACAGAAAAGCUUGUGCCGGCCCUGGAUCAAAGCCAAUUGAAGACAACUUGGAGCUGGAGGCUGGGCAGGCAGACAGAGACACACAGAAAGACAAGGCUUGGAGAGCUGGUUUUUACAAACAAAAUAAAAAGGCUAACUUGUGUGUUUUUACAGGUAGAGAAUGACACAAACAAGUAAACUGAAUCCUAGAGUCCUCUUUUCUCUCUCUCUUAGUAUUGUCUCUGUAUGCCUGUAUAGUUGAUGUUGAAAUCAUGGAUUUUUUCCAGAGAAUUACCUGUGGUGUGCAUUGUUCUUAUAUGAAAUGAUAUGAUAUAUAUUUUUAAGUUUGUUUUCUUGUUUUCUAUUUUUUCCUCUUCCUGUGACAGUAUCUCUGUAUGUGACUGUCUCACUAUGCACCCAAACGGCUUCAAUCUUGUAACUGCCUGCUUGAUUGUGGGAAGGGACUGGGAACUAAUGUGUAUAUUAGUGAUUUUAAAAAUAAAUGUGAUUGACACCAAUGGAAACAGACUUAUGGUUACAGGGGGGAUACACAUCAAUAAACUCACAACUUCCAUAUGAA